UGAUUUGUAGAUCUGUGCUUUUUACCCACAAGCCACUGCUGCCGGCUCCGCAACAGAAGGUGACCUCGCUCCUCCACGUUUUUUCCUCCAGGAGCUCGGCACCGACCCGCCGCUGCUGCUUUUACGCUGCGUAACGACGCCAUGGACAGUUUCGACAAUUUCAGCGCGUCGGAGAAGGCGGACGCGUCGGAGCUGCAGCGGAUGAUCGCCGUGGAGCAGCAGAAGGCCCAGUUCCAGGCCCAGGUGCACAGCUUCACUGACAUCUGCUGGGACAAGUGUGUGGAGAGUCCGGGCUCGAAGCUGGACUACAGGACAGAGACGUGCCUGGUGAGCUGUGUCGAGCGAUUCAUCGACACCACGCUGACCAUAACCAACCGCUUCACACAGAUGGUGCAGAAGGGCUCUCAUUAACGAUGGAGCACAGAUGCCAACAGGACUUAAAUUAUGUCAAAAAUAAAGUUUUAUGCUUUCCUCACACGUUGAUGGAAGAUAAUGUGAAGAGAACGUGUUUUUUAUAACUCACUGUUUAGACUGAUGGUGCUUGAAGGGUCCAGAAAGAGUCAUGUAAUGUGACCUUAAUGCACUGACACUGGGAUCCUCAGUCUACUAAACAAAAUGGGGGACGAGCAGCUUCCUCUGGACAGAGUUCAUCCACCAGCACGUGGAGAGAAGAUCUGGUUUCAGACGGACUUUUUUUUAUUUCUGUUUUUAGUGUCGCACCAGUGAUAAAAAAUCAUGUAACUGGGAAACAUGGAUUAAAGAUGAGAAUUUAUUGAAGCAUGGCCACAUGAAUAUCAAGAAAAGCUUUGAUUAAUAACAGAUUUAUUUCAUAUAUUCAUCUGAAACGACUGAAAGCUCCCAAUCAAGGCAUGUCUUGGUGAAAUAUCUUUGAAAUAGAUUCUCCUCUGCUCAAGUUAAUGUAUCCUGGCACAAUAAAAUAAAUGUACCGUAAUAAAGUAGAACAAAAAAACCUUCAUGA